AUGUUUGCUGCCAUCAGUCUAAGUAAUAUUUUCGUUUACUUAAAUUUAGAAUUCUAUCCUCAUGGUAGACAGUCAAUAUGCCUCCGAAAGAAGCAGGCAAAGAGUGAGCCAAAUAAAAAGACACAGGAAAAAAAGAAAGAGAAAGUGAUAGAGGACAAGACAUUCGGUUUAAAGAAAAAAGGCAAAAAACAACAACAAUUUAUUAAACAAGUAACACAACAAGUAAAAUACGGUGGUCAUCAGAGUACACAAAAACUAGAGACAUUACAACAUGAAGCUAAGAAAUUGUCUGAAUUGGAAAAGAAAAAGGAAAUGGACAGUCUCUUUACGGUUGCUACAUCUCAGAAAGUAUCAGCUGGUGCGGAUCCAAAAUCUGUUCUUUGUGUGUUUUUCCGUCAGGGGAUGUGCAGUAAAGGAGAUAAGUGCAAAUUUUCGCAUGAUUUGAAUCUUGAGGGAAAAGCAGAGAAGAGGAGUGUAUAUGUAGAUACUAGAGACUUAGAACAAGAUACAAUUGAUAAAUGGGAUGAAGAUAAAUUAAAAGAAGUUGUAAAAAAAAAACAUGGACAAAUAAACAAGCCAAAAAACCGACAUAGUAAUAUCCAUCUACUAAUAGGUUUUCUAAUAUUAUUCUCUUUAAAGGUAUGUAAGUACUUUCUUCAAGCUAUUGAAGAUGGUAAGUAUGGGUGGUUUUGGGAGUGUCCUAAUGGUGGAGAUAAAUGUAUGUAUCGUCACUGCUUGCCACCUGGAUUUGUGUUCAAGACAAAGAAAAAACCUGGUGAUGAUAUAGAUGAACUUGAUGACCAAAUAACAAUGGAACAGCUGGUAGAAGAAGAAAGACAAAAGUUGUUGAGUUCUGGAAAAGUUCUAACAAAAGUGACAUUGGACUCAUUCUUAGCAUGGAAAAAAAGAAAAUUAAAGGAGAAAAGAGAUAAACUUGAACAAGAAACUUCAAAGAAAAAGGAAGCUUUAAAAGCUGGUAGAACAGUUGGGGAGGAUGAAUCAGGAGCUACUGCCAUUGAUUUAACUAUUAUGGAUAUGUUUAAUGAUGCAGCUGUCAUGCCUCUAUUAUCAACAACAUCUAACGAGGAAGGAGCGACAGGUGGAUACUUUGUUGGAGCUGUAGGAGGUGCUGAUGUUGAAAUUGAUGAACAGCUAUUUUCAGAGGAGGUGGCUGUUGAUGAGGAUUUAUUCGAUAUUGAUGAAGAUGAACAACUUGUAUUGGAAGAACAGUUACUUACAAAUCAUCUUAAUGACAUGAAAGUGGGUGAUAUGGAGGACAAUGACGAGGGACAAAGUGAUCGGGAAUCUGUUGAAUAG